UUUCGCUUCAGUGGCUUGUGGGCAGACUGACAGCACAUGACAGCCGAAGAAAAGUUUUUUUGUGUGUUGACAAACUCGAGUCGAACCGGCAGAGACUUAAGUUGUUUAUUUAUUUAUUUUUUUUACAAAAUAAAUAGUUUUUUUCAUGAAGCGUACAAAAGUUUUCACGGAAAUGCUCCACGUGAAGUUUUUCUGCGUAGACUGAGAAAACAAAACAACUUUGGAGUUGGAAUGAGGCCCAGGGAGCCGCUUCAAAUGGACAGUGAGUGAAAUCAGUCCAACCCGGAUCUUUAAAGUUUCUCAAGGGCGUACUCCAGUGUGAGGCGGCAUGUCCAACCGGGACUCCCUGGGGUUUGGGGACCUGCUUCCCCAGGAUGUGAUUAACGUUUUUGCCCAGGAGAAAAACAGCAAGAGGGGCCGGAAGAAGCGCACUCGCGCCUUUAGCCGAGCUUUUGGCUGGUUCAGGAAGAAGAAGAGGAAGAAUCUUGGCAGCAAUGGGCAGAGCCCUGGUCUGGGCCUGACUUUGGACGGUCACCGAGCCGGACAUCCAGGUGGACACAAGGCAGGACAGAAGUCAGGAAGGCAGGCUCAUGCUCAGGGAAACAGUCAUGCUGCUCCAAAGCUAAACGAUGAUUACAAGACGCCAGCAGCCCCGCAGAUCCAGGAGAAUGUGUUCAUGGAGGGCAGCAGGUCCAAAUAUGUGGAGGACCUCCACACCGAGGCUCAAGAAGGGUUGAAAAUGAUGCAAGAAGAAAGCCAUAUUGGAGAGAAGUUUCAGGAUGAUGUAAGCACAGUUUCAACAGUGACAGUCGAUACAGACGGGGAAGGGACAGGGUUUGUGACAGACAGCACCAUUCCCGACACAUCUUCUGUUGUCUCGAUGCGCUCAUCGGUGUCCACAAGGUCGUCACGCUCCGGACUCACCAGGCAAGGAUCAACGUUCAGACCACUGAACUCUGGAAAAAAGUCUGAAAAGUCCAAAACAAGAAGAAAACAGAGGAAGAACGUUCCAGGGAUUCCUCGACAUGUUCAGAAAGAGCUGGGUUUGGACAGAGUGGGCUGGACAAUAAAUGAGAAACAGGUUUACAACGGAGAGACUAAUGUUAGUUCUACAACUGAUGGAUCACAGCAUGACGCAGGUUCACCAAAGGGGUCCGGUGCUAGCCCGCAAGCGUCUAAUUUUAUCUACCCGCUCAGUAAAGACAAAGUGGAGCAGCUCAAUGCUGCCCAUGCAGGACAUAGAGAUGACCUGGCCUUGCUCCACCGCCUGCAUCCUCUUCUCACCGAUGAACAGAGGCCCCGGUCUAUGGCCGUCCCCUGGAUGACUACUUCCUCCAGCCUUCUACAGCAGCCACCCAGUCCUGUCAUGUCUAUGUCACCCCAGGCUGCUUACUUGUCCAAAAUCAUCCCCAAUGCCGUGUUGCCACCUUCCAUCGAUGUGGUGGAAAUUAGCCGUGGUCGGAGUCGCAGCAGCGUGCGCACUGUCAGCAAGAGCAGCCUGCUGUUGUCCAGCCCAGCUCCCUCCCGUGCUUCUUCUAGAGCCUCUUCAUCCAGAACCUCUUCCUCCAUGUUCACUUCUGCCUCCCGCUACAAUGGUCCCAAUAUGUCCGACACCUCUUGUUGGAGCAAUUCUGACUCAGACACUCUGGUGUCUGACUCUUCAACCAUCUCUAGCAGCAGCACCUCUAGACAAAAGUCUGAGCACAGAUAUACUUUUAAGGAGAACAAAGUUAAUAUUAAUUCCUCUGAUGGUACCUCCAAGGUCAUCAUUAAGGAAGACCAGGUUAAGAAAGAUGGGCAAUUUGUACGUAGUCUCUCUGUCAUGAAGACCAAAAGACCUCCACCUCCUCCAAACCGCUCCAAUUCCCUUCACAGUAAAGUGAAGAGAAGGUCACGAGAUCUGGCAGAGGUUAGAAUUAUUUCUGGAGAACAGAGCACACUUGUUCCAAGUGGAGAAAACAAGCCUGGUACAUCUCCAGUCCUCUACAGGAGCAUAAACAGCCCUGACUACCAUGCAGACACCAGUUCUCUGGAUGAAUCAACAGGCUCUGCGUCAUUCACUUUCAUCAAAUCUCAGCUACAGGAGCCAAAAGCCGAGGAUUCAAAGAAUGUUGCAGAAAUCAUUUACAAAGAAGAUUCAUAUAAAAAGCAGCAACCUCUUCAGGAGAACAAGCCCAGCAAAGUCAUCUCCCCAUCCAGUGGCUACUCCAGCCAAGAUGGAACAUCCCCAAUUCACAAGUCAUCUCCACAGCACAAGAACAACACUUUCUUGACAAAGCUUCAUAAGUUGUUUGGUGGGUCUGCUCCAUCCUUUUCAGCACACCCAGGUGUUGAAAAUGUUAAACCCACAGGGGAACCUAAAUCUGACACGAUCAGCGUCAGCCCUUCUGUGCAGACCUUGAGAGAACUCUUCAACAUCCCCCCCCCACCCAAAGUCCACGCUCCGCCACCUCCUCCCCCUGAGGUAUGGGCUCACAGUAAACGGACAUUUGAGUUACUCCUGGGGCCUCCAGCUCCUGACGACGUCUACGCCAUCAUAAAAAAGAAUCCAAAGGACAGGAGACACCAGAGGCAGUCCCCCUCUGUGUCUACAGAAAGUUCUGUGAAAAGCUUAGUGUUGGAAAGAAAACACAAGAAUCCAGUUACCGAGUCAAAGACGGUUCAAGAAAGUAGGAUCUUCUCUGCAGAGAUUCACAAAGAGAACAAUGAAAGUCUAGCUCAGAAUGGAAGUUUGAAAGAAAUCUAUAUGGAUGAGAAAGUGAGAGUAUGUGAUAUGUUAAAUGGGAUUUUUGUGAAGGCUGUAGAACAGCAGGCAAUAAAAGAAGGUUGUCAGAAAGCAACCAGGCAGGCUACAGAGGUAAAGACCUUCACAGAUCCAUUACCCAGUAUUUCAUUAGGACGCAUUUCUCCAUCACCGUCUCCUCAACUAGCAGACCAUCCAGUCCAACGCACCACUACAGAGACCACUGAAGGUGCUUCUGUCUCAAAGGUACAAGUUACAUCACCUGAAUCAUCCUGGCCCCCGCCACCCCCACCAAUGAAUCAAGGGAAGAUCAGUAGAUCUGAUGAGACAGAUUUUCCUCUUCCACCUCCCCCAUUGUUUGGUGAGGUGGGACUAGUUUCACUUGUUCAGGUGCAACUAAAGGAGUCCAGCCUCGGUGAUGACUUAUCUUCUACGUAUGUGUCUGUUAAAUCAAAGUUGAAAGUAGAACAAGUCACGGUGUUCACUGGGGAUGAAGCACAGAAGCGCUGUUCACCUGACAAGGUGGUGUCUUUAUCCACGAGUGUCCCGCCUCCUCCACCAUACACAGCUCCCCCUCCACCAACAGUUACAAUUCAGAAAGUUGUUCUUCCACCAAAAGAGGCUUCUCCACCACCUCCUGUGGGAUCCAUCACUUAUGUUGUUCAAGAGGUCAUUCCACGGGUUCCAUCGCCAGACAAAGAUGCUUCACCUCCUGUAAAUGUUGUAGAAGUGUUGACCUUCCCUCCCAAAAAGACUACUGCUCUUUCCCCUGAAAAUGCUUCUCAGCCUGCUGGAGACACAGCACCUGAAAGCAAGCUUGCUCCACCACAAAGUAUUCCACCUCUACCGCCACUGCCAUCGCUUCUCCAACUGUCAGAGCAGCUUACUGAUCCUCCGCACAAGAACAUCUCAUUGGAACCAGAAACUAAAGACUUAUCGAACAGUAUUUUCAUCACCCCACAGAGUAUUCCACCUCCUACAGAGCCUCUCCUCAAACAUUCAGUCAUAAUUCAGACAACUGAUGAUCCAGCAACUGAUGAUGCACCUCCUUCUCCUCCACUGGAGUUCAAAAACCCACCUUCAUUAAAAGAGGCAGAAACACCUGCUCCUAAUCCACCUAUUAACAUUCCCCCGCCUCCACUUUUACCAGCACAGAUUCCUGCCAGUAUAAAUCAUCAGUCUAGUCGUCUGAGCACAGAAAACCAAACCCAAGAGAAGAGCUCUGCAUCUGAUGGGCACAAGGAACUGUCUAUCAUCACCCCAUCCCUUCUGCAGAAGGUCAAGCUUCGGUCCAUCAACAGCAGUCCCGAACCCCUUGAAGGUCAAGAGCAGGCCUCUGUGACAGCUGUGCACAAGGAACCCACCUCAGUUAUAACCCAUUCCCUCCUGCAGAUGGUCAAGCUUCGAUCAGUCAACAGCAGCCCUGAACCAUCAGAAGCUGCUAAAGAGGAAACCAAGUCCACCAGCACAUCAGCUCCCUUGCAAAUAGUCAAGCUUCAAUCAGUCAACAACAGCCCUGAACCACCAGAAGCUGCUAAAGAGGAAAUCAAGUCCACCAGCACAUCAGCUCCCUUGCAAAUAGUCAGGCUUCAAUCAGUCAAUAACAGCCCUGAACCAUCGGAAGCUCAAGAGCAACCAGAGCCUGAGGCCACAGUGAACCAACAAACGUCCAACAGACAGACCUCUUCAUCCAACAAUGAGACUCCUCAGAAGCCCAUCAGAAAAUCCCUGAUUGUCCCUUCUCUCACCUCCACUUCAGAACCGUCCCAAUCUCUUGUGGUUCCACCAGCAUCGCCAUCACCUGUAGCCUCCCCUGUGAAAAAGUCUCACACUACCACAACCACUUCUGUCUCUAUGAACCUACAAGAGGCCAUCCGUCUCAGGACAGCAGCCAGAUCAAAAGAAGGUCCUGCUUCUCGCCUGAGCCUGCACUCCCCGGUGUCGCCCCCGAGCACCAGUCCGAGCUUCGUCUUCUCCAAAAGCAACCCUGUGGUAGGAGUUGUGACAAAGCAUAAGCAAGUGAACAAGGAAAUAGCGCAAACUAAGUCGGAGGAUUCUUCUGUGACCAAAGUGACGAGUCAAGCAGAGUCAAAGGUGGGAUUAAAGAUGCCGCCACCUGUUGCAAAGAAACCCAAAACUAAAAGUAAAGAAGUUGAAGCCAGUGAAGCUAUAGAGCAAACUGCAGGACAGGAGGCGCAGCACGAUGGUAUCAAAGAUGUGGCAGAGGAGAUUAAUGGGACAGCAGGUACUGUUCAAGAGGAGACAACAUCAGCAUGAUUCUUACGUCUGAAGGAGACCUCAGAAGGACUGACCUAGAUUUUUUUUAAAGCAAGUCUUUUGUUUGAGAGAUUACAAAAAUGGAUUUGGCUGCAUGAAAUUCUAAUUUGAGACAUUCUCUGUUCUGCAGUGGUUGAACCUGAUUUUUAAGGCGUGGGUCCUAAUGUACUCUAUUGCUCAGUUUGUGUUUUAUAGAGUUAAUGCCGUUUGAGCUUUAAAUUGUAGAGAUUGUGAUAUUCUGCCCUCUUGUGUCAAACAGUGAUUGUGCCACUUACAUUAUGUCCUGCUGAAUCUAAGCUUUAGACUU